CCCCCUCGUCUUGAUUCGCUUGCUCUGUGUAUAUACCUCGUGAUGGCUGAAAUACCCUUGCUAGAAGAAGCAGCAACACUUGUUGGUUGUGCUGAGAAUGGUGGUCCAUGGCCAUCAACAGCCGAAUCCAACUCCCUAACUUCCGAUGAACCUGUAACUUUUACAGGUGGGAGCAUUGUACAUAAGAAAAAGAAAAAGCCACCGAGAAACAGCAGAAAGUGCAAGCAGGAGUUUGCAACUGGUGAAACAAUGGCACUUGUCAGACCAUGAUGAUAACCAGCAACCUUCUACCACCGAUUAUGAGAGUACUAGCAUGGGAGAGAGUACUUCGGAUGAAGGUGUUGGACGUGUUAAAAAAGAGGGGAAGAGUAAGAAAAGGGAGAAAGAAAGAAGACACCAAAAUAGAAUGCAAAAUGAAGGAAAACAGACUCAUGCUGUGGCAAAGCGAGGUCGUGUUGUACAACAGCCUGCCGAGGAGCAAGAUCAGGUAGAAAGUGAGCCUGCUAAGAACAAACUAGAACGGGAACAUGAAGGAGACGAUGAGAAAGAGUUACUGGUUGGUGCCAAUGGACAACAGGCUGGUGGAGCACAGCAAGGGGUUGGGCAGGGAAAUGUGGGACAAGGGCAGGGAAAUGUGGGACCGCAGGGACCUGGAGGACAGGGACCACCUGAUGGUUACCAAAGCUGUGCUGCUAAAGUGGCACGGAGACAUUGGAAGUCCUGCUGUGUCACCAGCUCCAUUGUCAUUAUUGUUCUCGCUGCACUAAUUGCUGGAACACUUGCACUAAUGAUCUACUGCAUGGUUGAAAUUAUUCAGAGCAACAACAGACCCUCAAUAAUUUUGAUGAGCACCUCAGAGGUAUACAACCUAAAUGAAUACACCGACAGUGGCAAUACCUCAGUAUACACUAGCAAAGUUUGCAUCAAUCCCAUCAAUGAAAUGAUGAGCAAUUCGGUUGUGUAUCUGGAACAUGGAAGAUGUGAAGACAUUUCAACGGAAAAGAAGGAUAGAACGAUUGAGCAUUUAUUUUCACACACCGUCGAUCCCUCCCCGUUGAAUUUCUUCUGGGUCUCAAACAGCUUGUUCAGAUUCAAUCUGACUCUCGCCACAAACUCCUCCAUGUCGCUCACCAUCUACGUGUUUCAGUUCGACCCAGGAGAGGAAAGUGACGAAUGCAACCCUCAACCACCAGAAACGUACGCUGAAAAAUUUGUAUUUCCCAACACGACCGAAUCCUCUCACAAAGUUUCCUGCACUCAUGACAGUGGAAGCCGUUACCUCGUAUCUCUAUUCUGAGAGGCAGCUAGUCAGCUAGGCAGACUAAAGAUACAGAAGAACGGCAUGUCGUGGAGACCCAGGGAGAUCAAGGACCGCCUCAUGCACAGCGGCGGCGACCGCCUCAUUCGCAAGGUCAGGAACGCGGGUCGUAGAGUCGGAGAAGCCGCGGCAGGAAGCAGAGGAGGCAGGAGAGCCGCCAAGCCCAGGGUGGACCUCCACUUCAGGGGUCUGCAGGAGCCAGCCGGGGAGCUGGAGGCCGUCCUGGAUGACCUGGACGCCACCUCAGACCCGAUAUUCUCUGGCACCGCCGUCGACAAGAACGAACAAGCUCGUUUCUCCUCCUCUGCCCAGCAGCAGCACCAGGGACCUAGAGACAAGAGAGACGGUGGGACAAGAGCGAGAGAGCCUCCCCACGUCUCUACCAAGAGCGACGAAGAUGACCCUCUCUUCCCGUCGGACGGAGAAGACGUUAGCGCAGAUGUCGGAGGAGAUAGACGUCUCCCUCGACAGGCCACGGGACCCACGGACUCCGAAGAGAGCGAGGACCUGGACCUAGACGAGGCAGUGGCGGCAGAAGUGUUGGAGUCACUCCACCUAUUGGGGCCAGAUGAAUUAUUUGACAGCCAGUCCCCUCCUUCUUCUACUGUGGUUGCUGAGAGUUGGGAAAGAGAGGGAGGAGGUGGAGAGGAAAGUAAGAGGAGGCAGGAGAUACAGGGAGCACUGGCUGUAAAUAAUGAGUCCGCAAACAACAAUACCCACAUCCAGGAAGCUGGGGAAACCCUGGCCCCCACUGCCAGUGAAACCCUAUCCUCAGGUGGCCCCCUCACUCAUGGUAAGAGUGUUAGUGUUGAUGAUUCACAACACUACGAGCCCUCUCUGGAAGAGCUGUUGGAGCACGGAUCAGCCGCCCUCCCAUCUCGCCCCUAUUCCUCCUCUCCACGUCGUCCGUAUGGCUCACCACGAGCUCUGGACAUGGAGUCCUCCCCUAGUCCUCUCACCUCCUCCAAUGAAUCCCACCCCAGUGACCCUCUCUUUACCAGCACCAACCAGACUCUAAGACCAGCUACCAGGGAGGCUAAUGGCACUAGACUGCCGGCGGUGAAACACUUUGGAUUCGACAGCAAGCCUCCAGGCUCGGCUGAACAGAAGGGACUUGCUCAAGAGCAAGCUGUGAAUGGAAAUGACAACAUGGUCCCCAAGCCUCCUGCACAUAGUCCAACAUCUGGAUCUCCAGUAAAGGAUUGCAGUAGUGGAGUUAGAAAUGUGUCCCUCGGCUCGGAACUGACCUCCAGUGGUACACAGGGUCUGGAAACGGACGCUGAAGGUAGGGAAAGUGGCAGGAAAUAUUCUCGUAAUGAUAGCGACGAGCUGUUCCCGGAUGGUUCCAAGCUAGCGGUCGAUUCAAGAGCGACAGAGAGAUCUAAAGCCGCCACUGUCGGGGAUGAUGACCUAUUCCCCGACGAUGCCAAACUCUUGAAACACUCUGAGACGUCCAGAAAGAGCAGCAACAGGCGAAACUCUGACGAAAACACUCUUGAGAUCAGCGAAGACCAUUUCUCCCCGAGUCCAGAGGAACGGAGGAAGAACCGGCCAGCCCACCCUUCUCGAUCCUCCCCUCCCCCCUCUUCAUCGUCCACACACAGCAGUAGCCCGGGGAAACUCAACAGCACGGGGAAGAAGACAGCACCGCCUCGCCCUCCUCGCUCACCUAAGCUCGACUCCCGACUGAAACUGAGACAGUCACAGCAGAGCCAGUCUGUCCUCGCCACUACCAGCACACCUCCGCCAUCGCGCAGAGUCCUCCCCAGUAACGUUUCUCCCGAGGUUGCCAGAGUUAGUACCACCCGCCGGCCCCUCUCUGCCUCCCCUCCUGCCCCUAGUAGAACCGUCAUUAACGAGACCGACACCUCUGAACCAAGUCUAAACGAAUCCCCGCAGACCAAAGUUACUACUAGUGAACGGCGGGGCUCUCUACAAUCAUCCAUCGUAGCCCCCCACCCUCAGCCGUCAUCACCGGAGGUCCUACCACCCACUGCCAGAACUGAAUCUGUUUCAGACGAAAAUGAAAUUGACAGCGUCGAGCUUCCCUUCCUCUCGCUCAGCAUCCACCUCUCUCUCACCCUCUUCCUUUACUUCUACUAUACCCUCAACCCCUUCGCCUACCUGGCGGGGCUGGUCGCCGGUUUCUUGCUUUUCUACCUCUGUCUUGGGGCGGUGUUUGUGGCCUAUGUCCAGAGAGAGGGAGAGGAGACUGCCGAGGGCUCGAGGAAUGGCGGUUCAGUGGCCGGGGAGCUGUCCGUCGAGUUUAUGAAGUCGACAAACAUUCAACUGGAGGACUACAAGACACGAUUCACUGCGCCAUCCAACAAACACAAGUUUGAGUUCACGGCAACGCUCCAGUACGACGUGGGCACUCACCACCGUCGCGACAGGCUCCAUUGUCGACUGAAACUCGUCAACGACUUUGAACUCUCCAUCCAGAUCUUUGACUCCGAGGGCGACACCGUCGUGAAAAGAUCGUUCAACUUGCGGAAUGAGGGAGCAAAGAUUACGAUUGUUCCCAGAGGACGUGUUUCAAAACCGGAAGAGACGAUGGAGUAAGAAGUACCCCAUUCGCCUGGAGGUCGGCGGCUGCGAGUUUUUCCUCUUUUGCAAUGUGUCGCGCUUCAAACAGGAGUGGUUCUUCAGACUGCGUGAGGCCGCAAACGGCACCACCACUGAAAGCGUUGGUGCGGAAGAAACACGAGUUCUUCGGAUAUAUGUUGCGUUAUUUCUCCAACGAGCGAUCCUCACAGCGAAAUUCCGCCUCUGUGACUGCCCCGCCCACUUCUUCAACAGCGAUGAAGUCGUCCUUCUCUUCCCAAGGUUCGCACUCGACGACGACAGGUCAGAGGUCAUCCAGACACCACGCCCAACACAGGCGACCGAGGGGUGAGGAGGGAAUGGUUCAGUUCUCGAGCACUGCUGCCAUGUCUGAUAGAGAAGAAGACGUCACCGAAGGCUCCGUGUCAAUUUCCACCUCUCAUUUCUCAGGUCAACCACCGCACGCCUCAAUCACGUCUACCAUUUCUUCCUCGUCGUCGGUGGCCGAUUACUCACUCAGACCCUCCUCUGCUCGCUCCCUCUCCAACACGAGUAGUGUGGGUCCCGCGUCGUCGCUCCCGUCCGCCGCUGCGGGGAGCCCCUCUUUGUUGGAGAGUUAUUGGAUCAACGCAGUGAGCGCCCGCAUCUUUUGGGACGUGUGGCACGAAGAGCGCUGGAAGAAAUGGAUUGUGAGCCGAAUUGAGCGAAAACUUGUCCGCAUAAAGACCCCUCGGUUCCUAGACCCCCUCCAACUGACGGAUAUUGCCAUUGGCGAGUCGAUGCCCGUGAUAAACCGUCUGUCCGAGGGGCCUUACCUCAAAGUAGACGGGGUGUGGGUGUUUUUCGACGUGGAGUACGAGGGAGAAUUCGUGAUGACCAUCAAGACGAGGUUGAAGUUGGGUCAGUGGAGAAAGGGAGAGGAGGAGGAGAAGGGGACGGAAUUGAAGGCCAUGAAACACCAAUCACGGGUGAGCCACAGUCAGGCAGCAGUGAUGUUCCAGCAGUCUUCUGGUGUCUACCCCGAUGAGGAUGAUUCUGAGACUGGUUCAGAGGAAGAAGAGGAAGAGGAGGAGGAGGUGGAGAGACACGUUCUAUCUAGCCCUCUGGAGGAGGAAGAGGAGGAGGAGGGAGAGGAUAAGCUUAUGAAACCAACUGUCUCCACUGCCAGUGCCAGCCACUCAUCACCAGAGCCCCAGCAGCCAUCGUCGGUCCAGAGGAAGAAGAGGAGAGGAGCCAGACUGCGUAAAGUCGUCUCCAACAUCACAAAGAGAGUCGCCAACAACCGUCUGGUUCGCCGGGCGGCCGAGAGAGCUGUGGAGAAGGCAGCAAACGUCCCCCUCGAGCUGACGGUGGAGGUCAGGAAGCUGAAGGGCGUGGUGGCUGUCAACAUCCCCCCUCCUCCCAGUGACACUAUCUGGUAUGGGUUUAAGAGUACGCCCAAGUUGGAGCUGGUGGCCAGACCCAAGCUGGGCAAGAGAGCCGUCACUUUCUCCCAGAUUACUCACUGGAUAGAGAGGAAACUAUGCUCUCUGGUGGAUGAGAAGCUAACUCUGCCCAACAUGGAGGAUUUGGUGGUCCCUGUGCUCAACUCUGGUCUGCCGGAGGACACACAGAAACCACUCUCCUAACACUCCCUCUCUCUCCCCUUAUACCCUCGAUCUCUCCCUUGGCACAAUGUAACUAAUAUCACUGCACCUUGGUUGUGCCGCACUGCCAUCUCGUUUUCUUUACCUUUUACCACUUUUGAUCAUUUCUGGCUUUUUAAAUCACUACUAACGAUAAUUAUUAUGCAGUUGAUUGUUUCUCUUGUAUUCACCAAAAGUGAAAUUGUUAUGAAAAGUGUGACGGAUGAUGAAGUGUUUUUGGAGAAAUGCGGCGCAAUAUCAAUUUUUGACUCAUUUUUCACUCUUUUCUCACACGAGGUCCAGCAGCGUCUCCACUGUACUCGGAGUAAGAGUUUCUGUCCAUUAGCUCGUCCAGCUUCUGCUGCAGCGCACGUGACACGUCCCCGCUAACGAACAGGUGUAUGUCGUCCAGGUCGUGGAGAAUAAACUUCCUGCCCAGGGCGUUCGUCUCGUCCAGGUGCUUGAUGAACUGCUUCAUGGCAGCGUCGCUGCACUUCAGCAGAACGCCCUUUACAACGUUCACCAUUCUGUGUGUGUUCCCGCACGUUGCGUUCGAAGGGUCCACGG